GCAGCCGCGGCGCGCUCAGGCGACAGUGUCGGCGGCGGCGGCGGCUCUCUCGGGCUGUGCCUAAACUGCGGCGAUCAGCAGAACCUGGCCACGAGGGCGCGGAAGGGACUAGCCGGAGACCCCCAGGGGCCCCCUCUCCCUGCCGUCUGCUGCCGAGCCGGCAGGCCGCGUGUUCCCCGGCGAGAAAGGAAGGAGCCGCUUCGCUGGGGCCAGCGGGGACUGGAAGCCGGUGCCGGGCUGGUCUGCUCGCCUUCUCGCCUUGCCUUCUCCCGCGCCUCCUCUCCCCUCCCCUUCCUCCCCCCCCCUCUCCCCAAUGCAAUCGCUUUGGGCGUUGAAAAAGACUUAGGCGCUGCAUCUCCCCCCGCCCCGCACCUUGCAUGUGAGAGUCUGUGUGUGAGAUCCGAUCACCCCCCCCCCACCCCGCUCCUAUUUGAGAGGCGCCAUUUUUCACCUCCUGCAAAAUCUGGGUCUCUUUCUCUCCCUCCCUCCGAGCAUCGCCUCCCUUUCCCCCGGUUUUCUCCCCCUCCCUCCCCUGCGUGCGCUUCUCCCUCGCCUGCCCCGGCCCUCCCCGCGACUCUCUCUUUCUCUCCCCCCCCCCCAUCUGACAGUUCCCAGCGAGCGCCAUGGCUUUCCUCCUCCUGCGCCAAAGGCAGCCACGGCAGCAGCCGCAGCCGGAGGAGCGGGACCGUCGGGGGCUCUUGCGAGGGACCGGCGCCGGGAUCUAGCCCUCUCCUCCCCGCCCGAGCGACACACCGCCUCCCCCCCCCGCCCCGCAGUCCGAUUAAUAGCGCAGAAGAGAAAAAGAGACGCGCGUCGGAGCGAGCAGCCCAGAAGCCGCGCUUCGCCUCUGCUGCUGUGCACGAAGCUAUGGUUGCAGAUCUGAACGCUUCUGAGCACCUCACAGUAGUUGGACUAUAGGGACUAAGAGACGUUCCUGAGAGACCUUCCUGAGAGCUACCAUUCACUUCCUGGGGUUUCCUCCCUCUUCUCCCCAUCUUCUCCUUUCCCCCCACAUAAAACUUCCAUGGAUCGGGGGACUGGCAUGGAGCCUAGGGAGAACUCGGGCACGACCCGGCAAAGGGGAGGCGAGAUGGAUUUCCUGGCUUCUGCUGUCGCUUCUGCAAAGGCUCCAUCCGCUCCCGGCUGUGCUGGGGAGGCCAUGCUUCCUACUUCUGGCUCUGCCAAAGGUAUCCCGGUGAGUGGCGAUCGAAUGGAGCCAGAGGAGGAGGACGAGCUUUCUUCUGGGAGAGACGUGGAUUCCACUUCCAAUGCAGACAGCGAGAAAUGGGUGGCCGGAGACGGCCUGGAGGAGCAAGAGUUUUCCAUCAAGGAGGCUAAUUUCACCGAGGGGAGUCUUAAACUGAAAAUCCAGACUACCAAGAGAGCCAAGAAGCCCCCCAAGAACCUGGAGAACUAUAUAUGCCCACCCGAGAUCAAAAUCACCAUUAAACAGUCCGGGGAGCAAAAACUUCCAAGAGCUGGGAAAAAUAGCAAAGCAGCGAAAGAGGAGGACAGAGCACACUCCAAAAAGAAGGUUUAUGACAGGCUGCAAAAGCAUUCUGCUGUGCACUAUGAUCCAGACCUCCAGCAGGACACCUUCACCAGUGACACCUUAAAAUCACGGCACCAGCAAAAAAGCAACAACCAGCAUCAUCUCGACUGGUCAACGAGCUCUGAAUCUGGAUCGGUUUCCCAAGCCUGCUUCGUUGACCCAGAGCCAAUGCGAGAAGCCACUAGUUCUGCCAAGAUCCCUGCUUUGGAGCCCACUGUGUCUUUCAGCAAGUCCCAAGCGAAGAAAUCUAAUGCCAGCAACACAUGGGGUCAGUUGUCGAGCAGUAAUAACAAAGACCUUGCUGCAUGCAGUGUAGCCCCGGGGUCAAACGCUCUUGGUGUAAUUUCCCAGCCUAACAACCCAUCUGACUGCAAUGGCUUUUCACCGCGAGUGAGUCAAGAAGGAGGGGGGCAAAUGGAAGCCCCUGAUCCGCCCACUGGCAACACAAAGAAAAAGUCCAGUAAAAAAGACUUAAUCAACCAAACCAUCCAAAAUGCAGACAUAGAAUGGGUGAAAAAUGUUCAAAAGUCAUUUGAGGCCAAAACCCAUGACAGCAUGGAAGGGAAAAAGGAAUCCAACACAAGCAAGCCAUCACCCUCCAAGCAAAGCCCAAACUCUGCUUGCAGUUCCGAAAAUGAUGCUAGUCACAUGCGAAUCACUAUCCCGAUCAAGACCCCAACAAUUGAGUCACCUGGCCACAAAAGGAAGAAACGGCAGUCUGCAAAAACCGCUGUGGACAAGCAUGUCCCAGAGAAAACCCCGCCCUCCGGACAUCCUGUGAGCAAUGAUGUAACCAGCAGGACUAACUCACAAGCAGAGAUGUGCAAGAAAGAUCUGCGAGUCACAAAGCAAGGGAAAGCUACUGAGAGUGAGCCUCCCUUGGUACCAAUGGAAACCAAUGAGAUAGCCAACAAAUCUCCCACCACCAAUGCCACCAGGCUCAGAAAGUCCACAGUUGUGACAUCUGCAUCAGUGACCAAUGAUAUCCCUCCACCCAGCAAACAGUCAGAGAGUCAGCAUCCAAAGUUUGCAGCAAAACGUAGAUGGACUUGCAGCAAACCUAAAAAUGUGCUCCGGGAACCUUCUCUGGGCCCCUCUGAGAAACUGAUGGUAGAACCUCCCUCAGCAUAUCCCAUAACUCCAUCGAGUCCUCUGUAUACCAAUACAGACAGUCUUACUGUGAUUACUCCCAUCAAGAAGAAGCGGGGGAGACCAAAGAAACAACCUCUGCUCACUGUAGAAACCAUCCAUGAAGGAACAUCUACCAGCCCAGUCAGUCCAAUUAAUCGGGAAUUUCCUGGGACGAAAAAAAGGAAGAGGAGACGAAAUUUAGCAAAGUUGGCCCAGAUGGCUCCAGGAGAAGAGAAUUCUAUCAGUGAGCUGAAAUUUCACAAAAAGGUGGGCAAGCUAGGUGUGUUGGAUAAGAAGACCAUCAAGACCAUCAACAAAAUGAAGACCCUCAAGAGGAAGAAUCUCCUGAGCCAGAUCUUAUCCUGCUCUAGUAGCAUAGCUUUGAAAACAAAAACGCAGCCACCAGCCAGUACGGGGGCUCCAACCAUUGAUGCCAGACUAGGAAAGCAAAUAAAUGUGAGCAAGAGGGGGACUAUUUACAUUGGCAAGAAAAGGGGAAGGAAGCCAAGAUCUGAGUUGCAACCCCCACUGGAAGAACCGAAGACAGCCAUCAAGCAUUUGAGGCCUGUUUCCAGCCAGCCAGAAAACCCAGCAGUGCCUUCCAACCUGCAGUCCCUUGUGGCACCAUCACCAGCAGCUGUUCAUCCCCUUUCGACACAGUUAGUGGGGUCUAACGGCAACCUUAGCCCCGCCAGCACUGAAACCAGUUUUUCAGAAUUGAAAACUAUGCCAAACCUGCAGCCCAUCAGCGCCCUCCCGACAAAGACUCAGAAAGGGAUCCACGGCGGGACUUGGAAGUUGUCCCCACCCAGGCUAAUGGCAAACUCUCCUUCUCACCUUUGCGACAUCGGCUCCCUCAAGGAAGUCACGUUGUCUCCAGUGAGCGAAUCCCACAGUGAGGAAACCAUACCGAGUGAUAGCGGGAUAGGAACAGACAACAACAGCACUUCUGACCAAGCAGAGAAGACUUCAGAAUCUCGCAGAAGGUACUCGUUUGAUUUCUGCAGUCUGGACAAUCCUGAGGCCAUUCAAUCUGACACCAGCACUAAGAACAGGCAUAGCCACCGGCAGAAGCAUCUCAUUGUCGACAACUUUCUCUCUCACGAGACUAUGAAAAAACCAAAGCACAAGAGGAAAAGGAAAAAUCUGCAGAACAGGGAUGACCUGCAGUUCCUGGCAGACCUAGAAGAGCUCAUCAGCAAGUUCCAAAUGUUCAGGAUUUCCCACCGGAGCUACACCUUUUACCAUGAAAAUCCGUACCCCAGCAUUUUCAGGAUUAACUUUGAUCACUAUUACCCUGUGCCAUAUUUCCAGUAUGACCCAUUGCUGUAUCUUCGCAGGACCUCCGACAUGAAGUCUAAGAAGAAGCGUGGUAGACCUGCCAAAACCAAUGACACCAUGACGAAGGUGCCUUUCUUACAAGGGUUUGGUUACCCUAUUCCCAGUGGGAGUUACUAUGCACCCUAUGGAAUGCCUUACACAUCAAUGCCUAUGAUGAAUCUUGGUUACUAUGGUCAGUACCCGGCUCCUUUGUACUUGUCUCACACGCUCGGAGCAGCUUCUCCAUUUAUGAGGCCUACUGUCCCCCCUCCACAGUUCCAUGAGAGUCCUCACAUGAAGAUGCCCAAUACUGCCAAGCAUAAAGUGAAGCAUGGCGUUCAUCUGCAGACACCCGUAGGAAUGGGCCUUGGGGAUGUGCAUUCUUCACUGACUUCUCCAAAGGUUGCAGGGACUAGCAUACCCAGUGGCCGACUUCACAAAAGGAAACACAAACAUAAGCACAAACACAAGGACGAGCGGAUAUUGGGGGCUCACGAUGACCUGAGCAGUCUCUUUGCUAGCAAGUCUGCUGGCUUCUCCAGCCAUUCAGCCAGUGAAAGAUUAAAUGUCUCCGACAAAGACCUCUCUUUGCUGACCGAGAAAAGCAAGCAUAAAGAGAAGCAGAAGCACCAGCAUUGCGAAACCGGGCACAAGGGUUCCAAGAGCAACUUUGAAGUGGAUACCUUAUCUACUUUGUCACUCUCUGACACCCAGCAGUGGGCACAGAGCAAGGAUAAAAGUGAUUUGAGCAACGACCCCCUGGACUCGUGCAUGAAGAGGUACUCUGCGAACAGCGAGAGCAGUGCAAGGCCCGAGUCCCUGGAUGUGUUUGGCGAGAUGAAUUCCUUGAGCGAGAGGCGAGACAAUGAUGGGAGUGGAAGCAAAAGGAGGAGUUUUGAAGGAUUUGGGACAUACAGGGAGAAGGACCUUCAGACCUUCAGAACAAGUCGGAAGGACAGGAGUUCCUAUGACUCCUCAGCUGCUUCAGGAAUUACCAGUUCCCACCUAAAAGCAGACCAGUCUUCUUUUCAUAAUAAAAAUGAAGGUUCCUUAUCUGCAGUGAUGACCCGCCGGAAACCAGCAGCUCUUGAAAGUGUUUCCAUGACCUCGACUCCGGUAUUAUCUCUCUUACCUUCAUCAACAGCAGCAGCAUCUGAAGCAGCCAGCUCGCCACUCAAGAAACGAUUCAAGCGCUGUGAAAUCGAAGCGAUCCAGUGCGAGGUGCGUAAAAUGUGCAACUACACCAAGAUUCUCUCCACAAAGAAGAACUUGGAUCACGUGAACAAAAUCCUGAAAGCCAAGCGGCUGCAGAGACAAUCAAAGACAGGCAAUAACUUUGUCAAGAAACGGCGAGGACGUCCCCGGAAGCAGCCUCUCUCAUUUGACGAAGACUCCAGAGACCAAAUGCCAGUUUUGGAAAAAUGUGUUGACCUGCCUUGCAAAAGAAGUCAAAGAUUCACGUUGAAUCCUUUAAUAUUGGAACAAGCAGCCAGUCAAGAUACAAUCAUGGCCACCAUUGAGGCAGUCAUACACAUGGCCCGAGAGACCCCAGAGCCACUGCCUCCGCCCCCUCCUCCUCCACGGACACCAAGAGCUGGGAAAAGAAAAAACAAAUCACAGCAACAUCCAGAGGAGGAAGAGGAGGACGUGAAGGUGAAAAGGCACCGGAAGACUAGAGGAAGUGAAAGCGAAAACCUUCCCUAGUAAGAGACUUGGCCAGUCAAAAGAAAGUGCUCCGUGGUUAGCGCCCUUGGACCCGAGGGACUGGAGCAUUCUGUUGGGCUGGUCUGUUCAACACCUUCAGACUUGUUCUGUAUCUCAGUAGCACAGCAGCCGUUAAGAGUUCAGAUAGGAACGACCAGUAAUAAUAAUAAUAAUAAUAAUAUUUACAAUAACAACCAAUCUUUGGCAUUAGGGGGAGAGGGUGCUGAAGGAGGAAAGAGACUUUUAAAUCUAGCAAGUUCAUUUACUUUGCAAAGUUUCUGUUACAAAUCAGCUUUGUUGCUCUCGUAUCUUGGAGGAGAAGGGGGUUCACUCAGAGUCACUAGGAGGUCAUUCACACAGUCAAAAACUGUGUUCUAUCCAGGUUUGGGAGCUGUGUGUGCUCCCAAUUCUCAGUUGUAUGGAAGCAAAAUAGGAGGAAAAGCUGGGUAGAAGUGAUUGUGUGGAAGCAAGGGAGGCAGAAAACCUUUCCUCCUACCUUCCUUCCACUCAAAGGGCUGUAUGACUGCGCGGGUGGAGGGAAGGCAGGGUUCAACCUACCUUCCCCCAGAUGUCUGCUCACAACCCUGAAAGCACACAAGCCAUGCACCCAUAUGACCGGCGCUGCCGGGAGCUACACGUAUUAAUCUCCCCACUGCUUCCUGCAGCACGGGUGAACAGAGGCCAGGACUUCUUGCCGCAGCCUCUGCGGAUCCCACAAUGCACUGUGCGACACGCACAAUGCAUUGAGGGAGUCUCCCAAGAGCCAGGUGCUCUAGGCACCCGUCUCUGUGCACAAACUCACUCCUUCUGUGCACACACAAACAGGUAGCCUGGGUUAAGGGUGCAGCCAACCUGAAAAGCCAGGCUAGGCGGGACUGUCACCCAGGAAUCGGGCCCAAUCCUGGAAGUUCUCUCACACAGCCUGGAUUAGGCGGAGCACGAAAACAGCUUCAAUAACUUCUUCCCAAGUUUUCCUCCUAUCUUACUUCUGCACAACUGAAAAUUUAGCCACACAUAGCUCCCAAAGCCAAGUAGAACACAGUUUUGAUUGCAUGAAUGACCUCUAGAUCUUCACAUGUGGUAGGACUAGCAUUAUCCCUACAAUGAUUGCCAACAUCUUUCUUAGCAGAUGCUCUUGCUCCUUUUCCUGAUGCAUUGCAGGGAGAAAUUCACCAGGAGCAUCUCUUCCAGUCACUAAAGUUGCAUGAUGGGAAAAGUUACGCCUGGUAAAGUUCUCCCUGUUGUGCAGCUGUUGUGGCACAAGAGCCUUGGUUGGGAACAAAGUUGGCAACCCUGAGAGUGGAAAUUACAGACAAGCUUUUGCUUUUCAAAACAAAAACAGAUAGUGUAAAUUCCUCUACUGUGCUUUUGGUUUUAAUCUGCUUUGAGACUGUUCAUAGUUUAUUUUGUAGGGUUUUUUCAAAGAAACCUUUGCCAGGUUUAGGGCAACUGAGUCCCAAGAGAUAACCCCUGUCACUAGCUUUGAAUCUUAUCCUACCCCUCCCUGCUCAGUAUUUGGCCCGAAGCAAAGAACCAAGAGGCAAGCGAUAUAGGCAAUACACAGGGAACCCUGCUCUGCAAGAGCAAACUUGUUCUCUGAUCACUGUACUGGAAUAGAACAGUAUGUCACAGAAAAGGAAAAGCCAAACCUUUCUCUAACAAAGCCUUCCCAGUAACUGGCAUGGUGUUCCCGUUGGUUGUAGGAAGGGUUCACCAGUGGCCCAGUUUGCUUGUGGGUGGGAUGGAGAUUGGUACAUAUCUGCAAAGGAAAGUGAAAACAUAGGAAUGAUACUCCUCUAAGGAGGCAAGGAAUCCAGAAUUGACCCGAGUCUGCAAAAUGUUUGCCACCUAGGCUAAGUCAGUGCAAAAUCCAGGUGUGAAAAUUGUCGCAGGGUUGAGUCCAAAAGUGUAGCAAUGCCUUGACUACACUGAAAAUAAAACUAGAGAGAGAAAUAUGUCAUUUCUUGGCACGUAUUUCUUAAUUUUUUUUUAAAAAAGGAAUAAGUGUUCUUAUCUAAAAUAAUAAUAACCUAAAUGUUCAAAGGGUAUCACCGCUGCAGUUGUAGGGAUGCCACUUUUGGACAUGGUUUCUUUCCAAGUUGUGGUUGCCUUAAUAAACUGAAAAAUAGUUUUUGUUUUGUACAUAAUGUAAUUAUUAAAAAAAAAGAAGGGGGAAAAACAAGUCUGCAUGGACACAAAUUGUGUGUGACAAAUUGUCUCUUUAAAUUGUCAGUUUCAAUUGUCCAGUUUAAAUUCAAAGUGUACUUCUGUCCACCAAUGUGGGGUUUUUUUUUAAAAGCUUGGAUAUAUAUCUAUAUCCAAAGCAUUUUCAUAACCUAAUCUAUUAUUAUUAUUAUUAUUAUUAUUGUUAUUGUUAUUAUUGUUGUUGUUUUGAGUUAUGCAAAAACGUUUAAACGUUUAAAGCAAACACAAAGCUUUUUAAAGGAAGUGUUGUUACAUGGCAGUAAUAAUAUUUUCUUUCAUUUUUAAGCCAAUUGUUGAAAUUUAAAAGAGGUACUUAAAAGAUUCUUUUCCUUUUCCCCAUUAGUUUUGUCACAGUAGAGAGACAGUAACAUGGCACCACUUCUGCCCUGAGCUCAUCCUGGAGAGAGAAGGGGAACAUGAUUCAUUCACAAGCUAAUGGUCAAAUCUGAUUAUAUUUAUAUAAAAUCAAGAUAUUUUGAACCAGAAAUCUACAGGGCAGUUUAAAAAAAAAAACACCUACCACCACCCCUAAAUAUCCACGUUUCUUUCCUUUGACUUAUUUAGAAAUUGUCAUUAAGAAGCAUUUUUUGAAUCCGUGCAUAUGUUUCAAAUGUGCACAACCAUCCCAUGGUUGGGGCUGUCUCCUUCUCUUCAGUGUUAGGAAAUGUUUCAUGAAUCUCUUUUCUAGAGAUUCAUGUGGAGCCUUCUACAAGCCCUGGAGAAAAUGGGCAGCUCCUGUGUACAUGCAGCUCCUGUCUGCUUGCUAGAAUGCUUAUGAGAUUUCAUAGAAACAUGUAGGAUGAAUUCCACCAAGCACCAUUCCAUGUAUGGGAGCAACCCCAUGAAUGGGGGUUGCUCAGCAGCAUUGCUUCGUCCUUUUCCAUCACUAGGAUUCUAUCCAUUUGCAAGAAUCUAAUUCAGAUUCUUGCAAACCUCAAUUUCAGAAUUCACCAUUGUAGCAUAGGAGUGGCUUUUGUGUGAUCUAGUCUCAUGUUGCUCUUGUAAUUUGGUCAUGUUGCGCUGGCAAACAGGAAGCAUGGACGGGGAGCCAGGAGAUAGUUACUUCCCACCCCACAGUGGCCUACCAGCCCUUCCAUCGAUCAUGAGCUUUGCAAAACCCAGUCCCCCUCUAGCUCCCUUGUUGCCAUGAUGGCUUUUCAGAUAUUUGGAAUGACUUCACCACGCAGUUGAUUCAUCACUCAGUUGCCAUUUUGCCAAGCGUCUACUUGAGUCAUACUCCCAAAUCAUGGGCAGAAUCCAUUUUGCAUAGAAGUAUGCUUGGAGGACAGAGAGGAUCUUGUAUCCAGGCUUUCCUACCAGAUAAUGAUAGUGUUUCACAAGUUACAUUUUCUUACAUGAAUAUUGAUACGUGUGAGGAAAAAGGUGUACCUUGUAAUAUGGGAAAGGGAGAGUGUGUGUGUGUGUGUGUGUGUGUGUGUGUGUGUGUGUGUGUGUGUAGACUGUGUAUUUUAAGAAGCUGAUAUGUACAGCUGCUUCCUGCUGCAUGUACCCAGACAAAAAUAUACACCUAAGUUAUAGGUUCCGACCCACCAAACUGGAUGCAGCCCACAAGCAUUGUACUUGAUGACUGCCACCACGCCAUGGUUUUCCCACCAGAGGUGGGCAGGAAAACCAGAACAUCUAUCGAACUGGUUGACCAAGUCAUACGUGGUCAGUUGAUAUUGUUUGGCUGUGUUAUAGCAAGGAACUGGUGUAGAGCCAUUGAGCAUCUUUCAACCCUAUGAUUCUUUGAUCUGUAUUACAAGGUGCAGGCUUUGUUCAAUGCAAGUAUUAAUCCUCAUGCUGGAAACAGUUUACAGCCCCAAGCAAUUCCACACUUGAAAAGCAAUUGUCACCGUUGUUUUCAGGCCAAACGUUUUCCUAUCCGCAUAAUUCUUGUAGUUGAGACCAUAGAUGAGACACUGAGACCAUAGCCUUAUUCACACAUUAUGUUCAAUGCAUGUACAAACUUUGUAUAGAAUAUGCAUUCUAUACAAAGUUUGUACAUGCAUUGAACAUAAUGUAUGAAUAAGGCUAUGGUCUCAGUGUAUGCAUGUACAGUUAGUCAUAUAGUAUAUUAUGUUCAAUACACAUACAAUCGUAUACUUCCUUUCUGUACCCUAAAUUCAAGGAGGCCUUUACCCAGGUUAACUUCUAAAUGAAUAUAUGUCCAAGCAUUCACACAAAAACAUGUAUGUGUGUACAGAAACCUGAAAACACAUACAGUCUAAUGCCUGAAUAGAGUUCUUGGCUUUCAUACACCUAUGUUCUUGAGUAGCUGUUGUAGCACUUAUAUCACAUGACUUUGAUACAUAUCAGCAAACCAUGCUCUGUUGGGCAUGGUUACAGACUUUAUGUUGCCACUCUUCACUGAGAAUGACUUCAAAUAUUACUUUUUUAUUUUUUCCACACACAUAGGAAAAAGUAUAAAGCAUGCCUUCAACAAACUUGCAAAUGAGAAUAUGAACUGGCAUGCUGUGCAUCAGCCUAGUAAUGUUGUGUGCAUGCAAGUUGCACAAAUGAUGUUACAUAAGAAUAAACCCAUUAUUUCCAACGGACUUACUCUUGUGUAACAUCUGUAUUUGUAAACUGUGUGCAUUCAAUGUUACUAGGCUGGCAUACCAUCCCACAGUAUUUCAGCCAUUGUUUGUGGUAGACAUGAUUGCCACUGCAUCAUAUGUGAAAAGGCCCUAAUGUAUUUAGGAUGCACCAUUCUUCUGCUAGGAAAUCUAAGACUAGGCACUACAGAUCAUCCUUCCCUGUCCCAGCAAUGUUCAAUGUGGGAUGUAAGCACAUAAAACGAAUGCUAAGACUGAAAUCCUGUGCAUGUUUACCUGCGAAUAAGGCUCAUAAAAUGUGAGUAAACCUUCACAGGACUGGGCUGCAAAGACCCAACACUACCUUUAGCAAACUAUAUUUAAAAGGCAUAGGUAUUUAUGGGAAAUUUCCUUGAGUUUUUCCAAUCACCCUCACCAUCAUCAGCCGCACCACCAUCAAUGCCCCGUUCAAAUUUUUAACACACAUAGGAGUGAAUGAACUUUACAUCUCAAGAAAUAGCUGUAUCAAAGCCAAAGGCUUUGAGCUGUCCAGGAGGCUGAGACCAAAAUUCUCAGUUGAGAAAUUCAGACUCAGCUUUUGGGAGGAAUUGGGGUGAAUGGAUUUCACUCGUUCCCCCUGUUUUUACCACUGCAUCACUUUUACCAGUAUAGCAGUGAUGUCUUCUCCCCCGGCCACCAGAAUGCCUUUGGAAAAUGACACUAUGUAUUGUCAUUGUUCACAUGGCAUUCUAGACAAAAUCUGGCUGCAGGUGGCUGCUGUGAGGACUGCUGCCUCCCCCCACCACCAGCAAGCCCCACCUGAACAUUUUACAUCUUUUUGUGUCUCCCCCACCACCAUGCAAAAUGGCCCUUCCAUAGGCUGCCAGGAAUGAGGGACAUUUUGGCUGAUCAUUGCCUAGUACCUGGAAAUGAGUGAGAUUUCACUCCAGUCUUCCAGAGGACUGUUUUCCCCCACAAAGAACUUCCAAACAAAAUAUACAAAGAAAGUGACACAUUGCCACAACCUGCAUUAAUCGGGUUUGGAGGGGAGGAUUAUCAAGCGUAAUCCAUAUGAGAGCAAGUCAAUGCUGUUAGACUGCAACAGAAAUUAAUGUUUUGAAUAUCAUGCCCUAUUAAUAUAUGUUGCUGAGAAUAAUAAUUAGAAAUAAUAAUGGCUGAAAUUCUGAGCAUGAAAGCACCAGUGCAGCCUAACAGAACGUCCAAAUUAACUGCCACUUUUAAUGCCAAUCCCUACCCCAGGAAGCCCUCGGUGCCACCCAAAAAUAUGUGUCUGAGGGUUAUGCAGCCCUCGGGGAUAUUUUUUGGGUAGCAUGGAAGGUUUUCUGGAGGGGAAGGUGUAAAAAAAAUGCCCCUUCCCCACUGCACCCCUGCAAGUAGUUGAGAAGCUCUGCUAAGCUGCUGCAUGAGUGCUUCCUUGCUCUGAAUGUUAACCCGUAAUUAUAAGAAUGUCAAGAAAGUGCUACAUGUAGACUGCCAAGGAUUUAGUUUUUAGUGUUCAAUAAUAUAAUACUACACAAGAAUGUGUCAGUAAUGAGCUUUUCUUUUUUAAAAAAAUAUAUAUAUAUCAUCCUUUCCUUCCAUCUCGCUGAAUUCUUAGUUGAGGGAACAUUUGAAUUAUCAAAAGAUGUAUUUCAGAACCGAGUGUAUUUUGGGUGGGGGGGCGGGGUAGAAAUGAUGGUGAGCAGGUAGCAGCAGGUCUUUGGGGCUGAUCCAACUCUGCAUCAAAAUAUGCAUUCAGCCAAUUCAAUGGCACAUAGAUGAGCAUUGUGAUGGGGUGUGGGGUACAGAUACACAUCCACACGCGUAUUGCUUGUACAUAUGAAAUACUCCUUCUGUGUGCACAUCUCCUCUGCUGAGCAAUUGUGUUCUUAGAAUACACAUUGAUGUACCAAUGGAAUGUUAACAUCAUAUUUUCAUAUGACAAUGUCAGGGACCCACUCACCAUGUUCCCUUUGAGGUGGGAGGGAGAGGUGAAGGACCCUAUAAAGAUUAGUAGCAAUUAAAGCUGGUUGGAUAUGCAAAUUGAAGUUUGAAAUACGGGCACUUAAGUGUCAAUAAUGUGACUGAAGAUGAAAAUGUAACCUGACAUUUAGAACAACAUGGUUCAUUCACAGUACUUAUAUUUUGGAACAUGAAUGAUGAACAUUGUGUUAAAUACGUUGUGAAAUCCAUCCUCUUCCCUCUCUUGUUUUUUUUUUUCCUUUCAUAUAAAUUUGAGUGAAAUCAGAACCUCACUUAAUUUUAAAAGAUCUAUAUCCUGAUCAGCAUAUGCCCUUUAUUUUCUCUUCGAGUGGGAAUGCCGUCCAGAAUGUGGUCAUUUUUAACAUGUGGACAGUGGCACUGUUGGUGUAGAUCUGUCCCCACCACCACCACCCUGCAACCAGUUAUAAUGCAUUUUUAUAAAUGUACACCCCCUGUCCUAAACCUUUGCACCAGCUGGCAACAUUAUUGUUUGACAUCUUGGUGACAACCAUCAACAUUCCUCCAUCCAAACUCUUUAAUUACUAGUACAGGAAGUCUUAGGAUCGGGUGGUUAAUUAGGACAUGUCAGCCAAGGAGAGCUCUUAGAGGUCUCUUCAUAAAAUGCCUGCCUGCAGUGUAAUAAAUACUUUGAAGCCUCUCUCUGCCCUUCAAAUGGAGAAAAACGUUAAAAGAAACCUGCCAAUUUUGUUAAGAUGGGGGGGCAGCGGGGGGUACAAGCCCAUGUGGUUUGGUUUGGUUUGGUUUGGUUUGUUUGUUUUUUAAAAAAAAGUUGUUUCUUAGAUAAUACUCAAUGCACACAAAGUGUUAAAUAUGUAUAUACUGUAUUUCAAAAUUUAAAAAAAAAUCCUACAAAAACAAAUGGGGCACAAGAUUGUUCUAUGAGUCGUGCUGGCUACUUUUUAGUUUGUACUCAUAAGUGGUUUCUAAAAGCCUUUUUUAACGUGUAAUUUGCAUGUUCUACUUUGAUUGUAUGUAAACAUAUUUUAGAGCAAAAAUGUAUUUGUAUUUUAUUGAAUAUAGAGGCAAGACAAAAAAACUUGUACAUUUGUUUGAAAUGUUCUUUUUGUAACAGUUUUUAUUCAUGAAGCAUUUUUGUACAUUUAAAAAAAUGGAUACGGACUUGCUGUUAUUUGAGGGUUAGGUACAUUUGGCAUGUUAAAAAGUCAUGCUCUUUCAUGAUUUUAGAUGUCGGUUUUUAAGCCUUUUUUUCUAAAAGGAAGCUCCAGUCUUUCCGCUACCAAAUCAGGUUAGCACAGUAUAGAGCACUUAACUAUUAAAAAAAAAAAAAUCCCAGAAAAAAAGGAAAAAAAAGUUAAUCCUAUUCAUAUGUUAUUCAUUGUGUGAAAUUAAAGGAAUUCAAUUCAGUCUA